AAUAAAAUAAAAAAAAAUAGUAAAACAUAAAUAAAAAUCUUCAAUAAGAAAACAAAAAUAACUAACAAAAUGGCUCCAAAAAUUAUCGUCUUAGGUUCAACUGGCUACAUUGGAUCUGCAACUGUUAAAACUCUUGCUUAGUAAAAGGCUAAUAUUACUGCUGGUGUAAGAGAUCCUUCUAAAGCUUAGGAAUUAGUAAAUGCUGGUGCUAAAGUUAUUAAAGCUGAUAUGGGCCUUAAGUAAACUGAGCUUGCAUCUAUUCUCGCUAACUAUGAUCAUCUUUAUGUUGUUACUCCUGGACACAUUGAUCGUACUAAUUUAACUCUUAAUGCCAUCAAAGCAGCUAAAUAGGCAAACAUCAAAUACAUCCUUGUUGUUUCUAUUCCUCCAGCUGAUAAUCUUAACAUUCUUUUUGGAAGAUAAUUUACACCUAUUGAGAAAGAACUUAAAUCAAGUGGAUUGACUUAUGGAUUGUUGAGAUUACCUAUGUUUGUUGAUAAUAUCUGGGGUAAUGCUGAAGCUAUUAAAACUCAAAACACUUUCUAUGGACCAAUUGAUGGAAGUAAAAAGUUUGUCACUGUUGCAGUGUAAGAUGCAGCAUUAGCAGCUGCUGUAAUUCUUUAAAACCCUACAAAUCAUGCUAAUAAAACUUACACACUAACCAGUGAUUUUAGUAGUAGUGAUGAGUAGGCCUAAUUUUAUACUUAGGCUCUUGGUAGAACUAUUAAAUAUGUAUCUGGUGGUUAUGAAGCAACAAAGUAAGCACUUCUAAAAUUCAUGCCUGAAUGGUAAGUUGAUGGUAUUUUAGAGUUGUACAAACUUGUUGAGAACCAAGAUGCAAGUCAGACUACUUUUACUAACGACUUCAAAAAAAUAACUGGCUAAGAACCUACUACUCACGCAAAGUGGAUGCAACAAUUUUCAAAAGCUUUUUGA